UCUUCUGAUUUAUUCUACGCUAUAAGUGAUGUUUCGCUAAUAUGUCGUGUUAAUUUAUCCUGAUUAUGUUUGAUUUAGUGUCUCUUUAAAUGCGUGUCGUAUUUCUUUGGUACGAUUCAUGUAUCACAGAAAAUAUAUGUAAUCUCUAUCUUUUUAAAUUCAUUGCUUGUAUUCAAGAAAGUCUUUUUGUUAAGAAGUAACAUACCUUUUUAAUUUUCACUUUAUUUUAAUAAAUGACUAUCAUUAUUUGAGACAAUGACAGUUCAGGGUCACCUAUGUUAAAUGUCCCAGUGAUUUUAAAGCCAUGGACAUAAGUGAGAAUGAAUAAUUUCCUUAUUUCAAACAUUACUGAAUUUAAACAAAUAACAUGGUAGAGGCUUGAGAGACUGAUCGAUCUAUUGCUGAUCAUCCUUUUAAUAUAAAUAUCGAUAAUCCUUACCUUAAGAGAAGGUUAGGAAACGUUGGUAAUAUUGUUAUUAAUAGACCAAGUAACUCUGAUUUAAGAGUACAUGAACCGUCAUCGGUAUCAAAAUACAUGAUACACCCUCCAAUGGAUAUAGCAUGUACAGAAAGAGUUGUUGGAUCUGAUGAAAUAAAGAGCAAAUCUGACCACGACGAAGUAUCAGAUAUGCGAAUUCAGCAAAGUGAGCUAGCCACUGGUAAAAGUGCAGAUCAAGGAACAUCUAAGCAUUCCUGGAAACAGUUUUCGAAAUUGCCUUUAUCAAGUGAUGCAUCAUUUGAAAUGCCAAAGCCUGGUACUCCAGUGUCUUCAAGUAUGAUAAAAAGGGCAGGGCCUUAUUUAUUAGGUCCUUUAAUAAGAAUAUCUCCUGUCAAAAGUAUAGUUCAAUACCUAGCAAGGCGAAUUGGCACAGAUAAAUAUUAUACAAUUAAAAUUCUGACAUUAAAGGAUGAGAAUGAGCUUGAAACAGAGGACGAUCGACAAGGGAAGAUGUUAUUACAUGCUGAAUAUUCGUUACUAAGUUUAUUACAAAAUCAAGAUGGCGUUAUUCAUCAUCACGGUUUUUUUAAAGACUGUGCGCUAGAAGAAAAGAGCACUGCCUCAGGAAUGGUGUAUACAGGCAAAGUUAAGCGUCGAUUAUGCCUGGUACUUGAUUGUUUAACAUCCCAUGAUUUCAAUCCUCGUAACGAUGAAUUACUCAAUUUACAACAUCAUAUUGUUAAAGAAAGAAAAUUAUCUGAAAAAGAAACACUUUUAAUUUUCAUAGACACCGUAAGAAUUGUAGCUGCCUUACAUAAAAGAAAUAUCGUUCACAAGGAUUUGAAAUUAGGCAAUUUGGUGCUAAAUUGUAGAACAAGAAGGGUGACAAUAAUAAACUUUUUCUUGGGCAAGCAUUUGUCCAGUGAAAAUGAUUUAUUGAAAGACCAACGGGGAUCCCCAGCAUACAUUUCCCCAGAGGUCCUAUCCGGUAAACCUUACUUAGGGAAACCAUCAGAUAUGUGGGCUUUAGGUGUUGUUUUAUUUAUUAUGCUGUAUGGUCAAUUUCCUUUUUAUGAUAGCAGCCCAACGCAGUUGUUUAAUAAAAUAAAAGCAGCAAACUAUGAUAUUCCCAAUGACGAUCGUAUUUCGGAAGGAACGUCGUCGAUAAUUCGUAAUCUCUUAGUCUUGGAGCCAAGCAAUCGUUUAACAGCCAUAGAGGUGCUCGAAUCACUCUCAGCUAUAAUAGCUACGUUUAAGGUUCCUACUAUUAUAGGAGAAGAUGAGCAAGUUGUACCUGACAUAAGUACCUUUGACGAGAAAAGCUUAGAUAAGAAACUGGGCAAAAAGAAUGAGGAAACUAAACGAGAUAAACCAUAUUCCGAUUUCUUCAAACAAAUAUCAUUACAGGAGCACAUGCAACAAAUGGUGAAGCAGCAACAAAGUCCAGUGGUAUCUCGAAGGAAACUUUAUAGCCAAGUACCUGUUCAUAGAGUUGAUUCUGAACCAAGAGAACUUACUGCUAACGAGAUAGAUAGAUUUAAACAUCUGUUCUCAAGAGACAGUCAAAGACAUAAUUAUAAUUCUAGUAGAAGAGAAGGUUACUUGUUGCGAGUACGAGGCAAUUCGAGGAAUAGAAAUACACCGCUUAAUCAGGGACAAUCAGGAUCUGAUCAAAGAGCACAUCAGCACGACAUUCAACAAAGUUCUAAUUCCUAUAAUUCUUUGAUAAAUCAUGGUUCAAGUAACGAUCAAUCUCAAAACAUGGCAAACACCGAUAGUGCAGCAAACAUUAAUAGAGCCUCGAUAUCUACUGGCUCUGUAAACAAUAUGGGUAGAACAAAUGAGCUUCAUACGGCAAAUACGUCGCUUCCGUUUUCAAGAUCUACUAGAGGAUUGCCAAAUCAAAGAUCAAGAUCGGAAAGCAAUCGACUUUUUAAUAGUAGUACUUCCAGUAGACAUUCUGUGCCAAAUGAGAAUGAUACUCAACUGUCAACAUCCCAACAACACGCAGAAAUGGUCGAAACGACUUCCAAUAGCCAACAAGUGCGUUCUGUAUUUCCAGAAGGACAAGAAAAUCAUAUACAUUCUGUAGAAGCACAAAAUAGAUUCUCUCAUACCCAAAAUGAAAGCAGGAUUUAUGGGUCUUCACAGGUAAAUUUUACAAACUCAUCCAGCGAUAGAAGCCAAACAACAAAUAAUAAUAGUAGUAGUAUUGGAACAUUCGCCGAACGAAUUAGAUCAAUAACUGAAGCAAGAAAUUCAAAUCUACAAAACAUGAUUACGGGAGCAAUUGUUGAUCGACGCAGAGCUAUUCGAGCACAGAGGCGGGAAAAUAGAAAUCAUGACGUCAUCGGAAGAGAAAUGAUAAAUGGUUUAGCAUAUUUAGUAUCAAGCGACAGUCUAAAUUUUAUUUUAUCACUUUUGAGGCCUGGUCUUGAGCGGCAUGGACGUGUACCUUAUCUAACUAAUAGUAUUAGUAAUGUACGUCUUGCAGGGAGUAGAAAUGAUUCAACAAAUCUUGCAAACCCUGCGGUUGCACCCGUAAGAUUCGAAAGCUUACGAAAUCCAAUGCCAAACUUUGAAACGAGUACUUUAAAUAACACUGUGUCUAAUGGAAAUGUUUCACUGCAGAAUGACAUGGAUCUAAGUUAAACUAUCAUUUUUGUUGAAACUAGGGAAUAAGAAUCUUUGCUUUCAAUUACGAAAAAUAGAUGACUGAUAACUUCCUGAAAACAAUUUGAUAUUCAGAUGCAAGCUAUAAAAAUUUAAAAACAGAAAGUAUUUUCUAAUACUUAUGUAUUUUAUAUUUAUAACUCCAUAACUUUAUUUUUUAAACACUAAUACGAGGUGCAAAUAAAUUGAAAAUGUGAUUUACCCACAUCUGCGUAUGCGUAUGACAAUAUUAAGAAGGAUAGAGGAUUUUUCAUCGGAUUCGUCAGUUUCGUGUUGUAUACUCCAAAAUAAAAUUCUUUUGGGGAUUAUUUAUAAUAAAGUAAUUUUUUACAUCUAAAAUAAUAGGUCGGAAGUGUUGAAAUUAACAAUCUUAUUCAAAAGUGUAUUUGUAUCAACUUGCUCAUAAUGAGACAUCAAUUGCUACAAUGGUCAAGUACGACCCAGUGAUGGUCACCCAGAGCUUUGGAAACAGAUCUGUCACUUGUUAAGAAGGUAAAAUAUUUCAAUAAAACAGAUUUUUUAAUAUUGACUGGAAAAGGUAUAUUAAAAAGUACAGUUUAAUAUAGUGCUUAAGUUGUUACAUGUGUAAUAGAUUUUUGGUAUGACCCAGUAUGUAUAUACAUACGAAUGCAUUGAUGCAUACAGUGCUAUUCGGCACAGAUUUGUGGCUAAGUCACUGGAACAAAAUUGACUCUGGUUUACUACUAAUUUAAAGGAUAAUUGUAUCUACCAUGUCUGAGCAAGGAAAUAAAAUGGUUGAAUUCUUUUUA